GCACAGGUGAGAGUUCGGAGCGCAGAGGCAUUUAAAGCUGCGCGCGCCCAAUACAACGAAAGAAACGGUUGGCCAGGUGUACGUGUAUCUGUGUGCGAAUCGUUGGUAACAGCCGGCCACUGAGUGUCACCAUGAUGCACAAAUUGAAAUACCGCGAUAAAUUAAAAUGGCUUCUAGCGCUUCUUGUGCUGGUCAGCACUUGUUUUAUUCAGACAAAGGGACAGACAAGAGACCCCAGGUUUUAUUCCCGUCCGGGCGUUGACUACCAUUGGCCAAAUCCAGGGGAUCCGGAUUACAGAACCUACACGUUCAACGAUCGCCGAUAUGGUCACUAUCAGCCCAAUGGCUAUGGAGCCAACUAUCCGGGCAGAAAUCCCCCUGGCCAAUAUCCCCAGGGAAUGCCGAAUGAAGAUCGCUUUCGAUUCGACCCGAACGAUCCGAAUGCUCGGACCCAGUUUCCGGGAGUGCUGGCCGGAUGGCGAGAGGACUUGCAGGGCAAGCAGCGCCGGGAUUCGUUGACCCUGGAACGGGAUGUAUUCGUGACCACAAACUAUGGCCAGGUGCAGGGCUUCAAGGCGUACAUGUACGACAACCCAGACCCCAAGUCCUUCUAUCGUCCCUACCAUUCCACCGUGGACCGUGUGAUGGGCGAGUGCUCGGUGUUCCUGGGCAUCCCCUACGCCCUGCCGCCCACUUUCGAGGGCAGGUUCAAGCCACCCCGCGUCCAUCGAGGCUGGCAGCUGCUCCAGGCCGUCGACUUCGGACCCGCCUGUCCCCAGCCUGUGCGGUAUACGGGAGCCACAAAGGGAGUCAUGGACAUGGACGAGGAUUGCCUCUACUUGAACGUGUAUUCCCCAAAGACUGGGGCUGGUGUGGCCCAAAAGUACCCUGUAAUGGUGUAUAUCCAUGGGGGCGAGUUCAUCCGUGGAGCCUCCAACCUAUUCCAGGGCCAUAUUCUGGCCUCGUUCUACGACGUGGUGGUGGUGACCCUGAACUACCGCCUUGGUGCUCUGGGAUUCCUUUCCACUGGUGAUGAGAACUCGCCCGGGAACUAUGGAAUCCUCGAUCAAGCGAUGGCGCUGCGUUGGAUCUAUGACAAUAUUGAGUUCUUCAACGGUGACCGGAAUGCCAUCACUCUAUUUGGUCCGGGAGCGGGAGGCGCCUCCGCUGGUCUCCUGAUGGUGGCGCCACAGACGCGGAACAUUGUGCGCCGUGUGAUCGCGCAGUCCGGAUCGGCUCUAGCGGAUUGGGCCCUGAUCCAGGACAAGUAUCGCGCUCAGAACACGAGUCGCGUGCUGGGACAGCUGCUGGGCUGCUCCAUCGAAUCCUCAUGGAAGUUGGUCAACUGCCUGCGCACUGGACGCAGUUUCUACGAGCUGGGAAACGCCGAGUUCUCCCCCCAGGUGGGUAGCUUCCCAUGGGGUCCAGUUCUGGACCACAACUUUACGUUGCCCGGCGACGAUUGGUACGAGGGAUGGCGCGAAAAGGACUGGCGUUUCCUCACCCAAACGCCGGAAACCCUCAUCCGGGCAGGAAAGUUCAACCGGAAUAUUCAGUACAUGACGGGGGUGACCACACAGGAAGCGGCCUUUUGUGUGGCCCAAAACGAAUCCUUAAGUCCGUACUAUGAACUAGAUGGACGCUUCUUUGAUCAGAAAAUAAGGGAACACGUUUUCCGCUACAACUACACCCUCAAUCCGAACGGAGUUUACGAGGCUAUCAAGUACAUGUACACCUUCUGGCCGGAUCCCAACAAUAACACCAUAAUCCGGGACCAGUACAUCAACAUGCUGAGUGACCUGUACUACCGGGCACCGGUGGAUCAGAUGGUCAAGCUGAUGUUGGAGCAGAAGGUACCGGUCUAUAUGUACGUGCUUAACACCACCGUGGAGGCACUGAAUCUGCCACAGUGGCGGAAGUAUCCACACGACACCGAGCGCUAUUUCCUCACCGGAGCUCCCUUCAUGGACACCGAAUUCUUUCCCAAGAAGGAGCACCUGCAGCGCAACAUGUGGACGGACAAUGACCGCAAUAUGAGCCACUUCUUCAUGCAGACAUACUCGAAUUUUGCCAGAUAUGGCAAUCCGACGCCGCAACAGGUGCUAGGCAUGCAUUUCCAGAGAGCCUAUCAGGGAGAGAUCCGGUACUUGAACAUCAACACCACGUACAACUCCUCCAUCCUGCUCAAUUAUCGGCAGACGGAGUGCGCCUUCUGGACGCAGUACUUGCCCACAGUGAUCGGCGUGCUGGUGCCCACCUAUCCACCCACCACGGAGUACUGGUGGGAGCCCAAGGAGCCGCUGCAGAUCGCCUUCUGGAGCAUGUCCGUGACCUGUUUCUUCCUCAUUGUCUUGGUGGUCAUCUGCUGCAUCAUGUGGCGCAAUGCCAAGCGCCAAUCGGAUCGCUUCUAUGACGAAGACGUCUUUAUCAAUGGGGAGGGCUUGGAACCUGAAGCGGAUACGCGUGGAGUCGACAACGCCCAUAUGGUGACCAACCACCAUGCGCUGCGCUCUAGGGAUAAUAUCUACGAGUACCGGGACUCUCCAUCCUCCAAAACCCUGGCCAGCAAGGCGCACACGGACACCACCUCGUUGCGCUCACCCAGCUCGCUGGCCAUGACCCAAAAGUCCAGCAGCCAGGCGUCCCUUAAAUCGGGGAUCUCGCUCAAAGAAACCAAUGGGCAUUUGGUGAAGCAAGCUGAAAGGGCAGCCACGCCACGAUCCCAGCAAAAUGGUUCCACGGCAAAGGUGGCGGCUCCUGUGGAAGAGAAGCGUCUGCUGCAGCCACUUUCCAGCACGCCCGUGACGCAGCUGCAGGCGGAGCCGGCUAAAAGAGUUCCCCCCGCCGCCAGUGUCUCGGGCAGCAGUCGGAGCACCACUCCGGUGCCCUCUGCCCGCAGCACAGUGCACACCACGACAGCCACCCUGAGUUCCCAGCCAGCGGCUCAGCCGAGGAGGACCCAGCUGGUGGAGGGAGUGCCUCAGACUUCCGUAUAAGUAACCGCUCUCUAAGCGCAGGAUGCGCUUAGGGAGUCAGCCGAAUCGUCCAAUUACAGAGCCAAUCAACCAUCCAGGAGGAAGAACACCAGUUCCGCCUGGGAUUUUAAUUAAAGUAAGUUAGUUAUUUCCGAAAUGUGUACGUUUUAUUUUGUAUUUAUAAUAGGUAACAGAUCUUUGAGAUCUCAGUUUUGAGUUAUAGUUUAGGAAAACCUGUCUUUCUAAUGCCUUACUUUUAGUUUACUUGUUCGUAAGUUUGAUAACCCAACGAAUACAAAUCCAUAUCAAUGACAUUCCAUAGCCUUAUAAUCGGCCUUCACGUGUAUAUAUAGAAUUUAAAUGUACAAUAAGAAGUAUUUUAAUCUAGGAAUUGUAAUGAAAACUAAAAAUGUUUUUUGUAACAAAUAUUGAGCUUAACUUUUAAAAAACUCCCUUUUAGUGGUAUUAUUAUCGAAUGAAAUUUCCAAAAGGGCAUACAUUUUAAAUGAAAUAUUAUAGAAAUAAAUAAAUUUACGUAAUUAAAAAUAAUGCAUUACAUUAUUUAAAACCUGCUAUUAUUUAAUACAAAAUUCAUAACAUUGUCGCGUCCCGUAUCAUAAGAAUAUCAUGUUAACCAUAAGAUCCUAGCCACUCCCACACAUCAUCAAGAGCAAUACCUACAGUGCCUUAAUUUCUGGUAAUUGUCCUCGAUGGGCUCAUCACUAGUUCUCCAUGAACAGUGUCCUUCAUCCAUGUACCCACUAAGUGUGCCUUUCAUACAUACAUAAAUGUACUCCUAGUUAUAUAGUUUCUAUAUGUUUCGUGUGUCGCAUAUAAGCAAAAAGACCAUACAAAAUCAGUGUGAACCGUCCAAUAACUUUAUGUUUUCAACAGUAUUGUGUACAUUGUUUUUCUGUAUAUAUCUUCAUGUGUUACACGAUGGAAAGCAUAAAGUUUUAAACACAUUUUAUGUUUAUA